CGAAUCAGCUGUUUUGACGCGACGACGAACCCACCAUUGGGGGAAGCAGAGGUCCUUCUCUGACGCCCGAAAUAAGAUUUUUAGGAAACAGACCAAAGAAACGACGACUUCUUUUCUAAAACUCUCGAUGGCAUAAUGUCUUAAGCUAUCUGUCAGAACAAGAAGAAACUUCAGAGAUAACGAAUGCAUAUCUGUAUAUAUCUUCGUUGAUUAUCAGGAGAUGUCAAGCCAUACUAUAAUCCAUAUCUAAUCUUACACACUUCGUCUGACAAUAUAAAAGUUGCCUUGGAAUAGUCAGUAUAAUGGAAGGCAUACGAAGGAGAGAUUAUGCAAGGCUGUUAAUUGCACCUGUUGCUUUUGCUGCAGCAUCUUUUUUUCUUUGGUUUGUCUUUGUGAAUCGGCCUGCACUGAAGAAUGGUAUCACUCCUGACCUGCACUUCCCAAAGUCUUUAGAUGAUCUUCGAGAACUGGUACGAGUUUCAAGUGCAUAUAAGGAAGAUCACUGGUACUAUGUUGUCUUCUUGUUUUCAUCAGCAUAUAUAUACAAACAGACAUUUGCUAUACCAGGAUCUGCACUAUUGAAUCUUCUUGGUGGAGCCCUGCUAGGUUGUUGGCCUCUUGGUUUUCCAUUAUGCUGUGUCUUAACAGCAACUGGGGCAUCAAACUGCUUUCUCCUCUCCCGUCUUGUGGGAAAGAAAAUCAUCCAGAGAAAGUUUGCAACAAAAAUACAUUGGUUUAGAGAGAAGAUCUCCGAGAAUGAACACCAGCUUUUCCUCUUUUUAGUAAGUCUGCGAGUUUUCCCAAUGACUCCAAAUUGGCUGCUGAACAUCAUGGCACCCUACGUAAAUGUGCCUCUUCUUAUGUUCUUCCUUUCUGUGUUCUUUGGUCUGUUGCCUUAUAACUUUCUUUGUGUUCAAGCUGGUGAAAUGCUCUCUGAUAUUAAGUCAAUGGAUGACAUCUUUACUCCCAAAAGGCUUUUAGCACUCAUUACUAUAGCACUGAUUAUGUUCACUCUUUCACAUUUUGCUCGGAAAAGGAAAGCCAAACACACCGAUUGAGUUCUUUGUAUAAUUUUUAAUUGGCUG